AUGUCAAGAAGACCAGUAUUAGAAACCGUUGAUGACGAUGACAUAGAUAACAUGGAUAUGGAUAUUGCGGAAUUUGAUCCUAAUUUAAAUACUCCAAUAGCCCCUUUAAGACCUCAACCAAGUGUUGUAAGAUCUCAAGAUCAAACGUCAAAAUCUCCGGUGUUAGAUAUAGAACGUCCUGAAGAUUACGAUAAAGAUAUCAGAGAUCCAAGACAAUUUUCAGAUACUGAAAAAAGAGAAUUUAAAUCAUAUCAAACGAUUUAUCCAUGUUAUUUCGAUAUAAAUAGAUCCCAUCAAUCUGGAAGAAGAGUAUCUAAAGAACUUGCCGUAAGUAAUCCAUUAGCUAAAACUAUUGCUGAUGCUUGUAGAUUUUUAAGAAUCCCUGUAUUAUUAGAAUUAGAUAAAUCCCAUCCUCAAGAUUUUGGUAAUCCUGGUAGAGUUAAAUUAUUGAUUAAGAAAGAUGGUCAACAAGUUGAUGAAUUAAUAAAUAAUAAAAGACAAGUAAUGAAUUCCAUUGCUAAAUAUUUAAAACAACAUCCAACCACUUUAGAAAGUAUUGGAUUAAAAUCAGGUCAUCCAAUACCUCCAGAAUAUAAAGAUGGUUUUGAACCUGAAGAAUUACCAAGAGUUAAAGGGUUUGAAAUGAAUACUAUAGUUCCAAUUCAUUCACAAUUGACUAUGAAACAUCCAAUGACUAAACAUAUUUAUGAUCCUGAACCCGAACAACCAAAAAUCCCAGCUGCUCCUAAAGCACCUAAGAAGAAAGUUAUGAAGAUAAGAGGGUAG